CGUUUGCAGAAUCGGACGACGCCAAGUAAGCUGCGUGCCAGUCGAUCGGGUAAUAGGAAAGCGUGCGGAAGAAAUGUGAAACGCGCUCGUGCGCGGCGAAAACUCGACGCGGAGAUCGUCAGUGAGAGAGGUGUGACCCGUGCGACACUGAUCCACACACACACACACAUACACACACACACCCACACAUAUACACAUACACACACACAUAUACAUACGCACAAAUUAUCUGGCUACGAAAUGACAAUGAGGUCUGCAGAAAGAACGCGCGAUCUGCAACAGUGGGCGGACGACGCGCAAGUCGAUAGAUCGCUCUAUCUGCUCUUCGAGGAUGUAUCGUACACUGUACAGAAAAGGAUCUUGUCAAAGGAGAGGAAAACAUUGUUAAACAACCUUAAUGGCGACUUUCGACCGGGCGAACUCACAGCUAUUAUGGGUCUUUCAGGCGCUGGAAAAUCUACAUUAAUGGAUAUCCUAGCAGGUUUUACAACAACCUCAGUUACUGGUAGAAUCAUGAUAAACGGACGAAAACGAAAUAUGUCAGAGUUUCGUAAAUUAUCCGCCUACAUAAUGCAGGAUGAUAAUCUGCAACCAUUUUUAACAGUGCAGGAAGCUAUGUUCAUUGCUGCUGAUCUCAAACUAAGUUUGAAUCAUCAUCAGAAAUCGCAAAAGAUCGACAAAAUAUUAGUAGCGAUGGGUCUCGACGAGUCUCGUUACAUGAUUAUUGGCGUACUUAGCGGAGGACAAAGAAAAAGACUCGGCAUCGCACUUGAACUGAUCAACAAUCCACCAGUUAUGUUUCUUGAUGAACCUACGAGUGGUUUGGAUAGCACUUCUUCAAAGCAAUGCCUAGCACUUUUGAAACAAUUAGCGCAAGAAGGACGAACUAUAAUUUGUACGCUACAUCAGCCGAGUGCAAUCCUCUUCAAUAUGUUGGAUCAUCUUUAUGUGAUUGCUAAUGGCAAUUGCGUUUACACGGGUAGCACGUAUAAUUUGGUGCCAUAUCUAAAUAGUAUAGGAUUUGUCUGUCCGACACAUUAUGAUCCUGUUGAUUUCUUGAUGGAGAUAUGCAAUGGCGAUUAUGGUCCCCACAUAUCCAAGCUAAUGGAAUUGAUCGAGAAUGGGAAAAGUAAUAAAUGGAGAUCGACGAAAACCGUUUAUUUAAAUAAAAGCCAAGAAACUACUACCUUGCAACAGGUUGCUAAAAGAUCAUAUUCCUUCGAAAUGGAAUUCAGACAUACUCCACAUUAUAUUGACAAUUUUUGGAAGCAACUCUGUAUUCUUAUCAAAAGAAAUGUAAUUAGAUUAUUUCGCGAUAAGGUAUUAAUGCUCACACGGAUAUCAAUGCAUUUGACAAUUGCUUUGAUUGUUGGUGCAUUAUACUUUAAAAUUGGCCAAGAUGCUGCUUAUGUUUUAGACAAUUAUAGUCUAUCAUAUUAUAAUAUUAUGUUUCUCACGUAUAGUGCAUUUAGUGCUACAAUGGUCACGAUUCCUUUGGAAUUACCGAUAUUAAAACGUGAGCACUUCAAUCGUUGGUAUAAAUUACAAUCGUAUUAUUUAGCGGGCAAAGUGGCAGAUUUUCUGGUCCAAUUUAUUUCUACGUUUAUUUAUACAGUCAUAGUAUAUUACAUGAGUGGCCAGCUUCCUGAAAGUAGAAGAUUUGGGUUGUACAUGCUCAUGUGCUUUGUUGCCAGUCUGGUUGGUCAAACGAUUGGAUUCAUUGUAGGGUGUUCGCUAAAGAUCCAGAAUAGCGUAAUUUUUGGACCAUUUGCAAUUAUGCCGUUCGUUGUGCUUAGUGGUUUUUUUGUACAUACUAAAGACGUGAAUCCCUACUUUGUUUGGCUAUUUGACAUAUCGUACUUCAAAUAUGCUUUUGAAGGAAUAUUAAUGGUGGUUUAUGGGUAUACAGUGUAAACACCGGCUCUUCAAUUAAUUAAAGGUGGACU